UUGCCGAAAAUGUUGCCCAAAGUUCUCCUGCUCUUCCUGAGCAUAUUCUUGACCCUCCAGUCGAGGGUCGAGGGACCUACGAUUGCAUUCAAGAAUAAAGCCCCUGCCCGUGAGGAUGUUGUCUAUGGCCCUGAGCCCCAGCCUCUCGGAAGGAAGCUCCUUGCUGAAGAAACAAAGCCCACUGUGCCUGUGACUGGGCCCACUCCGCCUGAGACUGGGCUCACUGCUCCUGCAACUUGGCCCACCGUGUCUGUGACUGGGCCUACUGUACCUGAGACUGGGCUCAUUACACCCGAGACUGGGCCCACUGCGCCUAUGACUGGGCCCACUGUGCCUGAGACUGGGCUCAUUGCGCCUGAGACUGGGCCCACUGUGCCUACGACUGGGCCCACUGUGCCUGAGACUGGGCGCCAAGUUGGCAAACUGCCAGAAGCUUCUCGCAUCCUGAACACUAUCCUGAGUAACUAUGACCAUAAACUGCGCCCUGGCAUUGGGGAGAAACCCACUGUGGUCACUGUUGAGUUCUCUGUCAACAGCCUUGGCCCUCUGUCCAUCCUGGACAUGGAGUACACCAUCGACAUCAUCUUCUAUCAGACCUGGUAUGAUGAACGCCUCCGUUACAAUGAUACCUUUGAGACACUUGUUCUGAAUGGCAAUGUGGUGAGCCAGGUGUGGAUCCCAGACACCUUUUUUAAGAAUUCUAAGAGGACCCAAGUGCAUGUGAUCACCAUGCCCAACCAGAUGAUCCGCAUCCACAAGGAUGGCAAGGUGCUAUAUACGAUUAGGAUGACCAUUGAUGCUGGAUGCUCACUCCACAUGCUCAAAUUUCCAAUGGACUCUCACUCUUGCCCUCUGUCUUUCUCUAGCUUUUCCUAUCCUGAGAGUGAGUUGUUCUACAAGUGGGAAAAUUUCCAGCUUGAAAUCAAUGAGAAGAACUCCUGGAAGCUCUUCCAAUUUGAUUUUAAAGGAAUGAGCAACAAAACUGAGAUUAUCUCAACCCCAGCUGGUGACUUCAUGGUCAUGACAUUUUUCUUCAAUGUGAGCAGGCGAUUUGGCUUUGUUGCCGUUCAAAACUACGUCCCUUCUUCCGUAACCACAAUGCUCUCCUGGGUUUCCUUCUGGAUCAAGAAGGAGUCUGCUCCAGCCAGGACCUCUUUAGGGAUCACUUCUGUACUCACCAUGACCACACUGGGCACCUUUUCUCGCAAGAAUUUCCCACGUGUCUCCUAUAUCACGGUCUUGGAUUUCUACAUCGCCAUCUGCUUUGUCUUCUGCUUCUGCGCUCUGAUGGAGUUUGCUGUGCUCAACUUCCUGACCUACAACCAGACGAAAACCCAUGCUUCUCCAAGACUCCGCCAUCCUCGUAUCCAUAGCUGUGCCUAUGCUCGUACUCGUGCGCGUGCGCGUGCCCGUGCCCACGCCCGCCAGCAUCAGGAAGUUUUUGUGUGCGAGAUUGUCACCUCUGAGGAAAGUGAUGGAGAGGAACGCCCGUCUUGCUCAGCCCAGCGGUCCCCUAGCCCAGGUAGCCCCGGGGGCCCCCACAGCUUCUACUCCAGGCUGUCCAGCUGUGCAUGGUGCAGGGGUCUUAAGAAGUAUUUCUGCAUGGUCCCCGAUUGUGAGGGCAGCACCUGGCAGGAUGGCCGCCUCUGCAUCCACAUCUACCGUCUGGAUGACUACUCUCGAAUUCUUUUCCCGGUGACCUUCUUCCUCUUCAAUGUGCUCUACUGGCUUGUUUGCCUUAACUUGUAGGUGCCAGCUGGCACCCUGUGGGGCAGCCUCCCCAGUUCCCCAGGAGGUCCCAAGCCCCUUGCUAAGGGAGUCGGGGGAAAGCAGCAGCAGCAGGAGCAGCUAGAGUCUUUCUUUCUGCCCUCCUCAAAUAGGAGCCUGCAGAGGUUUUGUCUUUGCUGGCGCUUUCCCCCACCUGGCCCAUUCACUGAAUCACCUUGGCAGCCCAUUCCAAGUAAAAUGCCCACCUCUCUAUUCUUCAAGGGGCAUCCAGGAUGCUCAGUGUUAAAAAUCAUACACUCUUCAGUGAUUGGCUCCCUAAAACCGUGCCCAUGUACAAGUAGGUUUGCUGUCUCCCAAAAGUGCUGACAACCACUGGCUUUUGCUAGAAACCCGUUAUUGCCCUUUGUUGUGCUCCAGGCCCAACUCUGGCCUCGGCCUCAAAGUGUACAGACCAACUGCUUGCCUGUUCCUGACACCUCCCUAAGGUGCUGGGCAACAGUGUAACAGGGGGAGGGACCCCCAUCCUUGAGUCAGAUUAUUCUUGGUUUUCUCUCCCUGCCCCCCCCCCACUUCCUCUGCAGAUAGACAGACACUGGCAUUAUCCCUUUAGGAGGAUGGGGGUUAGCAAGUGAGCCUAUUGGGACAGUAUCUCCCUCUGCUGCUGUGAUACCUCCCUCUCCCCCUCUGCCUCCAUCUUUCAUCCGUACUGCCAACUCAAUUCCCUGCAUCCAAUGGGUAUCUAUUUUUGUAUGUGAUGAUAGUAAUUACCCCUUGCUUUAUAUGCUACCUUCUUCCUCCUCCUUGACCCCUGUGACUUUUUCUGUAAUUUCCCCAGUGACUUUCCCAGCCCUGACCCAGGUGCUAGGCCUUGGUGACUUCCUGUGGCCAAGAAACUAAGGAAACUCUGCUUUGCAGUGGGCAUUACUCACCAUUGAUGGGUGCCUACCUAAGGCACAGCAUAGGAGCUCUACCACUUCCUUCGCCCCUGAACCCAUGAGCCAGUCCACUCUUAUCCCCGGGGCACUUUGUCAGUCACAAUCAAUCAAUUGAAUUCCCUUAAAUUUGUAUGGCACUUUACCUUUGGCAAAGCACUUUUGACAGACUAUUUCUAUGUGGAGCCUCAUUAUAGCCCUGUGACAUCUUCAGGGCAGGAUUCUUAUCCCCUUUGUGCAGAUGGGAUCCCUGAGGCACAGAUUUCUAUGGGACUGUGGAUCUCAUUGGAAGCUACCCAGGAGCUCACUGUCAUCUUCUAGACCACCUGACAGGGCUAGGCAGAUCAGUUCACCAUGAUUCUAUUCUAUCGCCUCUGCUGACACUCCAGUGGCGGGGCCCAGAAUGGCAGCCUUUCUUCAGCAUUGGCCUACUCAAUUCCUGGGCCCGAGGUGCUCAGACUGCCCCCAAGAUCAAACCUCUUCUGGCUCUGGUAACCCAGUGAGAUGAAUUUGGACAUGCCCCAUUGCUUGUAUAUGCUGAAUGAAAUCUGUGUCUGUAUUUUAUUGAGGGGUAGGGAGGGUGGGGGAUCCAUCUGCUUUUUGUCACCAUCAUCUGAAAAGGGGAAAUAUGUGAAUAAAUAUAUCAGCAAAGCA